AUAUAUUUAUUAAUUAUUCAUCAAAUAUCUAUUCAUCAUCAUCAUCAUCAAAUAAUCAAACAAGUUAUUUAACAAGAGAUAUUCAAACAAAUUCAACAUCGAAUGUUUUAUCAUCAUCGAUUCAAGCAGGUACAAAUAAUACAGUACGAACGACUCGAAUUCGAACUGAAGAUGGUAAUUUUUUAACACCUAUUUCAACACUAUCAAAAAUAAAUAAUUCAAAUGAAAAUCAAGAUAAUAUUCUUUUUAAUAGAAAUGAAAAAAAUCGUUUUUUUGGUCAAUCAACAAAUAAUUCUAUUAAACGAACACUUUCCGAUGACUCAAAUUCGAAUUGUUUAACAAGUUUAACAAAAAAAGUUUUACAAAUUGAAAAAGAUCGACAAAAAAUUGAAGAAUAUUAA